AUGGAGGAAAAUGUUGAAAAAGAUUUUCUUACAAUAUUUACACAAAGCGUAUCUAACAAUUUUGAAGAAAUCAGAUUAAGCGAACAAAAAAUAAGUGCAAUAUAUACUGAUUCAAAUAAAGAAAAUUAUAUUAAGAUUCUUUUUAAGUUAAUUAUGUAUCCAUAUGUUGAAGAAAAUGAAAAAAAAAAUAUAUAUGAUAAUUAUUUAAAUAUAAAUGUUAAAACAAGCAUAUUAAUAAGUAUAAAAAAUUUCAUAAAAAAAAAUAUACAUAGUAAUUUAGAAAACUUAAAAAUAAGUAAUGAUUUGUGUAUAAUUAUAAAACAUUUAUGUAUGCAUCUAUUAUUAGAUACAAAUAAUAAUGACAUUAAACAGUUGGAUAAAUAUCUAUUCGAAAUAUUGGUGCAUCUAUUUAAAUAUAAUAUAUCAGAUGAAUAUGAUUAUAUUCUUUUUUAUAUUAUUAUAUUAUAUUUAAAUGAUGGUAGUUUCAAUCAUAUAUUGAAUAUAAUUAAUAAUGAUGAUAAAAAAAAUAAUAUGAAUGCAAUGAAAAACAUAGAAUGUAUUAUAUUAUAUGCACAAAAUAAAUUUAUAUUACAAAAUAUUGAUCAAAAUAAUUAUAAUGUUGAAUUUGAUAAAAUUAUGGAAAAUAUAAACAAUAUUAAAAAUGUGAUAAAUAAUAGAAACAACACAAUGAAUGAUGAUAUAGUAAAUUGUAUUAAUGACACAAAAAAAAUAUAUAAAUCUAAUGAUAAAUAUAAUUUAUUUAUUUUAGAUGAUUAUAUGUUAUAUAAUAUAUCUAAAGAAAAUACUUCUAUACAACCAAAUAUUGAAAAUAAUUUAGAACAAUUUAUUAUAAAUGGUUUUAAUUUUAUGGGAAAAGGAAUCAUAAUUAAAGAUUAUAAUAAUAAUGCAAAUAUUAUUGAUUUAGCCAAAUAUAAUAAUUAUAAUUCGAUUUUCAAUAAUAUGAAUGUUAAUAAAUUUAAAAAUAAAUAUAUUGCUCUAAAAAUAUUACGAAAAAUUAUAAAAAAAUAUAAAGAUAAUGGUUAUGUAGCUAAAUUUGAUAUCAAAAUAAUUUUGACACAUAUUGAAUAUCCUUUAACAUUAUAUUUUAUUUAUUUAUAUAAUAAAUUUAGAGAAUAUACAAAUUAUAUAAAUAUCAAAUUAAAUGAUCAAAAAAAUGGAUGUAUCACAAAUGUUGAAAACGAAAUAAAUAUAUGUUUUUACACACUUAAUGAUAUAGUUAUGAAUUUAUAUAUUUUGUUAAAAAAUUUUUAUAAUAUUAACACUAUAGAUUUACCAGAAUAUUAUGAAGAUAAUUUUGAUAUUUUUUUUAAUAUAUUUUACAAUUUUAUAACAUAUGAUAUAGAUGUUUUAAGAAACUAUUUUUUACAUCUAUCUAUAACUAGAAAUUAUAAAUUUGGACAAAAUGAUUCCACUAAAUAUAUAACAAAUAUUCAAAAUGUUGGUGGAAAUUCCAAUUUAUUAAAUUUAAAUGGAUCUGAUCUUGCUAAUAAAUUAACAUCUAAUAAUUAUAUGGAAAAAUUAAUAAAUAAUUUUCAACAAAAUAUGAUAAAAUGUAAAAUAAUAACAAUAGAUAUUAUCAAAAUUAUAUCUGAAAGAUAUCAAGAUGAAUCUAAAACAUAUAUUUUGAAAAUGAUUUAUUCAUUAAUAGAUAUAUUAUAUAAAGAAAAAGAUAAAACAUUAUUAUGUCAUAAUUAUAAUUGUUUAUCUUCUACUAUUAAAUUAAUUUAUCAUAUGCAUCUAGAAAAAAGUGAUUUGAAUCCAUAUAUACAAGUUAAAUUUAUAGAAAAAAUAAUAGAACGGGUUCUUCAACAUAUAAAAUUAAAAUAUAAUGAUAUUGAAGAAAUUUUAGAUGCAGAUUUAGACUAUUUUAGAAACGAUCUAAACAAUUCAAAUGCAUUUUCAAUUAAACCAUCUGCUAUAUAUUUUCUAAAAACAUUAUGUAGUAACUAUUUUGACAUUUGUUUCCCUACAUUAAAAUUUAAAAUAUUAUCAAAAAACUCAUUUCUUGCAUCUGAUUCAAAGCAAGCUAACCAAUCACAACUAACCGAAUCGCCAGUCUCUAAUGAUGACAUCGAUUCUAGUAACCCAUUCUUUGAGCCUUGUAAUAUGGAAUAUAAGGUUCAACUCAUAACAUGUUUAAAUCAAAUAAAUUUAUCCACUAAUUUUUAUCAACAAAAUAUAAAAAAUGACUUAAAAAAUUUCGUUAUUUCUAUAUAUAUGAAGUAUCCAAAUUUUGAUUCACUUUUUUAUAAUGUUAAUGAUAACAUUUUCCAAAACAAUCAAAUAAAUAAAACAGCGCAGGUGGGUUCCACUGCCACUGCUAACACUAACACUGCUGCUUCAAAUUCGGGAAGCAUAGCAAACAAAUCGGUUUGGCUAAAAAAUGAAGAGAUAUUUAACCCACACAAUACAAUAUAUUUAUUGUCUAUUCUUAAAUUUAUAUUAAAUAACAGAAAUAUAUGCACAACAGAAGAUAAUAUUGUAGACAUAUUUUCCUUUUUAUAUCAUUUAUUAUAUAAUGAAAGAAAUAUGAUACAUAAUUAUUCUUGUUUGUGCAUAAAUCGAUUAUUAAAUUGUCAAAUAAAUAAAGAAUUGUUAGAUGGAAUAUAUCAAAAUUUAAUUUUAAAUAUUUUAAAUAGAUUAUUAUUUUUACUAAAAUAUAAUGUAUAUAAUAAAAUAUUAAAUGAAUAUAUAUUAAUCACUAUUUUAAGAAUAUUUAUGAUUUUUUCAGAAAAAAUAUCAAAUCAAUAUAACAUUUUAGUACUUGAUCUUAUUGAUACUACAAUAAAAAUAAUAAUAAAUGAUUCCCAUAAUCCAAUAUUUAAUCAUUAUUUAUUUGAAUUAUUAACACUAAUAAUAUCAUUAAUUUAUAAAAAUCAAAAUCAAACAUGUAUAGAUAUGAUUGAAAAUAUAACUAUAUCAAGUUUUUCGAAUAUUUUAGAAUUAUAUAUACAUGAUUUUAUUCCUUAUAUUUUUCAAAUAUUAUCUAUUAUAAUAAAUAAUACAUAUCAAAUUAAAAAUGUACAUUUAAAUAUACUUUCAAAUUUAUAUCAAAUGGAUUUAUGGAAAAGUUCUGUUGGAAAUCCAAAUGGGAUCAUAUGUGUUUUGACUAGCUAUUUUAAAAAACAUAAUUUAUUUCAAGAUAUCAUAAAAAAUAAUAUGCAACAAUUAUUUAAUAUAUAUCAUUAUUGUAUUUCUAAUCAAAAAUUAUCAAUAGAUUCAUUUCAAAUCAUUCUAAUCAUUUUUACUUACCUUCCUAUUGAAUAUUAUCAAUCUUUUCUCAAGCCUCUCUUUGUUUUAUUAUUUACAUUUUUACAACAAUAUAAAAACGACAUAAUUAAAAUAAAAGUUAUACACUCACUCUCAGUUUUUAUUCUAAAAACGGACGUCACUCACUUCCUUUCGAUAAUCGACCAGGUCCAGCCCGGACUCAUUUUCAACGUCCUCAAGAGUUUGUACAUGCCCAUCAUGGAUAAACUAAUCAACAUUAAUGAGAAGAUCAUUAUUUUUAUUGCUCUUGCAAAAAUAAUAAAUAAUGAGCAAAUAAAAAGGGACCCGAUUAUUGUGGAGAUUCUUAAUUUAUUGGACAAAAAUAUUACAAAAAAUGAACUUGUUAUGAAAAAAAAUAAAAUACAACAAAAUCUUGGUAUUGAGAAAGAUGAACUUGACAAAGAUUUCGAGGUUACAUAUGUCAAAUUGCAAAUGAUAAAUAACGAAAAUAUAAACGAAACGGUCUUGCGAGGCAUAGACAUAAACGCAGAAUUGAAGAAGAAUCUGUUUCAUCCCGAAUUUAUGCAGAUUUGUAGUUCGAAUUCGCUCAAUAAUAUCCUCCAACUUUUUAGCAAUUAA